GGGUUCCCGCUCCCCGCUUGCGGGCUGGCCGGCCCGCCGGGCCCGCCCCGCCCUCCGCCAUGGCGGCCGAGAGCGGCAGGCAGUUCUGGAAGCGGAGCGCCAAGCUGCCGGGCAGCAUUCAGCCUGUCUAUGGAGCACAGCAUCCUCCACUGGAUUCCCAGCUCACUAAAAACUUCAUCAAGGACCGCUCCAAGGCCAGUGGGCUGCCCAUGAAAAGCAAGAAAGCCUCCAGCUUCCACGAGUUUGCCCGCAGUACCAGCGAUGCCUGGGACAUUGGGGAUGAUGAAGACGAGGACUUCUCCUCCUCCUCCUCGUCCUCUUUGCAAACUCUGAACUCUAAAGUGGCCAAGGCCACGGCAGCACAGGUUCUGGAGAACCACAGCAAGCUGCGGGUGAAGCCCGAGCGGUGCCAGCCUGCCCUCAGUGACCUGCCCACCAACUGCAAGGUCAUAAAGUCCAGCAGCGAGGCCCAGCUCUCCAGGACCUCUGAGGAGGCCUGUGUGCGGAGCCCCCUGCAGAAGCAGCAGUCUCUCCCCCUCCGACCUGUCAUUCCCCUUGUGGCCCGAAUCUCUGACCAAAAUGCCUCCGGGGCUCCCCCCAUGACCGUGAGGGAGAAAACUCGUCUGGAGAAAUUCCGGCAGCUCCUUUCCAGCCACAACACCGACCUGGAUGAGCUGAGAAAAUGCAGCUGGCCUGGUGUGCCCAGAGAGGUCCGGCCUGUGACUUGGAGACUGCUGUCAGGCUAUCUCCCUGCCAACUCGGAGCGCCGGAAGCUGACCCUGCAGCGGAAAAGGGAGGAGUACUUUGGCUUCAUCCAGCAGUACUACGACUCCCGGAAUGAGGAGCACCACCAGGACACCUACAGACAAAUCCACAUUGACAUUCCAAGGACCAACCCACUCAUUCCCCUCUUCCAGCAGCCUCUUGUUCAGGAGAUUUUUGAGAGAAUCCUGUUUAUCUGGGCCAUUCGCCAUCCAGCCAGCGGCUAUGUGCAGGGCAUCAAUGACCUGGUCACCCCGUUCUUUGUUGUGUUCCUCUCUGAGCACGUUGAGGAGGAUGUGGAAAACUUUGACGUGACAAACCUGUCCCAGGAUGUUUUACGGAGCAUCGAAGCCGACAGCUUUUGGUGCAUGAGCAAGCUGCUGGAUGGGAUACAGGACAAUUACACCUUUGCACAGCCAGGGAUCCAGAAGAAAGUGAAAGCCCUGGAGGAGCUGGUCAGCCGCAUCGAUGAGCAGGUACAUAAUCACUUUAGGAAGUACGAGGUCGAGUACCUGCAGUUUGCCUUUCGCUGGAUGAACAACCUGCUCAUGAGGGAGCUGCCCCUUCGCUGCACCAUCCGCCUCUGGGACACCUACCAGUCAGAGCCAGAAGGAUUCUCCCAUUUCCACCUGUACGUCUGCGCUGCCUUCUUGAUCAAGUGGCGGAAGGAGAUCCUGGAUGAGGAAGAUUUCCAAGGCCUUUUGAUGUUGCUACAAAACCUGCCCACGAUACACUGGGGUAAUGAAGAGAUUGGGCUGCUGCUGGCUGAAGCUUACAGACUCAAGUCCACGGACAUCCCAGCCAGGAGCUGCUCCUUGCUGUACAAAGCUCACCUGAACUCUCGUCUUAACUCUGAACGUGUGCCUGUCUGCCACUCCAUGCGCCUGGAUGUGCCAUUUUGACAACUCAGUAUUUCAUUCCAUGCUGGUGGCUCAUGCCAGGAAGGGAGGCUUCAAGGGGCUGAGGGAGAACAUGGGGGAAGAUUUACAGAUAAACUGAGCUGGAGAUGAAGCCUGUCCUCUCCACUCCCUGUCCUGGGCUUGUCUGGCUGGGACCACUUUGGCUUUGCUGCCUCUCGUUGCCCUACGCCACAUGCGCUGCCCCAUCUGCUCCCUCCUCUCUUCUGACACUGCACCAACUCCCAGAUGAAAAUGCCUUAUCAGAGACCUGCCUGGCCACAGAAUCCUUCCCCACGAGGGUGGCAGGGCAAGAAGUUUCUCUCAGGGCCUACCUUUGCUCCAAGGGUCCAGAGACCCCCCAAGCACUUUGUGGGUUCAUAAGAGAGUCCCUCAUGCCUGCCCUCCCUCCUUCUCUCCAUCCUCUUCACCUACCUCUCCCCCAGGGCAGCAGGGCAGGCACAACAGGGGCCACGACCACUCCAUCCACACACACCUGGAAUGACGUGUGCCAGCUUGGUGGAACUUUUGGUGACUGAUGUUGAGUACAGCCCCAUCCAGCAUGUGGGGAAGGCACGGAGGGGGUGCUGGUAGGGGAGCAACAUCUCUCAAAAAUCUCCUGACAACAACCCUACUCCUCCGAGACGUUCUGUGUAUAUUGUGUUCUUGUGUAUAUGGGUCAAAGAUGUACAAUAUAUGUCUUCUAUUUGUAGCGGAUUUUAUAUUUAUAACAUGCACCCCUUGUUCUCCCCAUCCUCAUGGGGGAUCCCCAUGCCUGAGAGGCAUGCCUGGCUGUGGUGUUGUAGGGUUUUGAACCCUUCUGGAGGAGGGGGGUGUUCCAGAGCUGCAGGUUUCUACCCUGACAUGUUCUUGCAGUGCUAGCUCUGCCCGAGGUGUGACAGAAACCCAUCUCAGGGUUUGGCCAGUGGAGGAGUUUGGAGCUCCCAGCAGAAGCCAAGGAGAGCCUGUUGGAGAACCAUAGGCUGCAGUGCUGGCAGUGCCUCCUGGGCCCUGCAGGGCAGGGCUGUGCUGGGGCUGCACUCCAGGGAUAGGAGGAGGAACAAUCCUAGCUGCAGGAGUGGCUGUCCCCAGCAGCCAGGGCAGCUCUCGGUGCUGUCCCCCACAACAUCCUGCAGCAAGUGCUGUUAACUCCUCCAGCUGGGGAUGUUUCUGUGGGCAGAACCUCUGUGCUGUGGCAUGGGCUGGAUUUGGGAGGGAUUGAGGAGAUUGGAAACCCACCCUGGGUUUCUACCAGCGCUCCUGCUGGGCCACCAGGGCUUUCCUGGCAGGGGUGGAGGCUCCCAGUCCCUCCACGUUCCCUUUCUGUUCCCAGUGGGGAGAAAGCAGCAGGCAGUGAGGCCAGGGCCAAGCAUGACAGGCAGAACCUUGUUGCCAAUAAAACUCCAAACAGUAUCUCAAGAAA